GAUUCAGUUAGAUAUUUUGCGAUGGAAAUUCGAAUCCAUUGUAACUUUUUUAAAUUUACCGCGGCAUAAGCAAUUAGCAGAAAGGCUUUCACCGCUUUCACGGAUGACAGUUCGUUGGAGUGCCUAGUAGUGGCCUACGCGCAAUAAACGCAACGUUCUGUUCGUGCCUCCACAAAAAUGAUAAAGCACAGGUAACAUGGCUUUGUUGUCAUCGGUACACAUCACGAAGUGUUACGGGUAUCGAAAUAUUUGUGGCGAUUGCCUUAUGCAUAUAGCGCAAUGCCGUUUGAGAAUUAACUACAUGUUCAUCCUUGUUUCUACUUCGUAAAAAGAUAUGAUCACAUAACGAUUGAAACUGAUGAAUUAUAACCUGUUAAAAAAAUGGCUGAGCCCAUUAAUCAGGCUAAGGAUAUCUGCAGCACAAACACGAUUGAUCCCGGGAAAGAAGAGGAUUCCCAAAUCACCACGACUACUCAUAUAUCAUACAUAGACAUCGCAACCAAGUUACUUAAUGAAAGAUUGUUGCUUACGGCUUUGGAACUACACGCCGAAUUAUGCGAGGCAGGAAGAGAGCUGCCGAUCCUCAGGGACUACUUUUCAAACCCUGGAAAUUUUGAGACACAAAAUAUCAAGCCUGACCCCUAUGUCUCGAUGCCCAGAUCACUUAGUCAAGCAACAUUGGAUUCUCUGGACAUGACCAGGUAUUCAGAAGAUGGAGGUGGAGUAGAUGAACGUGUGGCAGUUCUCGAAUUUGAACUUAGAAAAGCUAGAGAAAGUAUUUCAGCCUUGAGAGCUAAUCUCACCGUAGCUACAGAAUCUGAAGUCACAACGCCUGACCUAGGCUUGGAGAAACAUGCGACAACAAAUUCUCCUAUCAAACCUCAUGAGCUAAGAGCAUUGAAUUACCUAGUCAAUGAAUACCUUCUUGCUCAUUCUUACAAGCUCACUUCGAUCACCUUUAGUGAUGAAAAUGAUAACCAAGAUUUUGAGGACUGGGACGAUGUAGGAUUGAAUAUUUCCAAACCUGCAGAACUACUGCAAAUAUAUAGAGAGUUCAUGAAAGCUAACGGGCAUGAUAAACCACCUUCUGUUGCCAUUGGUGUGCAGACUGAACUUUUAGACAAAUCAAUCGAUGAAGAAAAAGAAAUGGAGUUUGCAGAAAUGACAUCUGAAAUAAAUCAACUAAAAGAAGAAAAAGCUGCUUUAGAGCAGGAAAAAUCUGAUCUAGAAAGGCUCUUGGCUAGUGAAACUAAUUUGACACAAGGAGAAGCAAAGGGUAGCACAGGGACAAUUCAGACUAUAAAUUCUAACUCGUCAACACCUGAGAAGUUUGAAAUACUUGAGUCAAUACCUCAGGAUAUAUCUAAUGUGACUCAAGAGCCCGGCGGGGAUGAUAGUACUUCAAUCGUCACAAGUCUCAACGAAACUGAUCCAGGGGAUCGCGAAUGGACGACACUACAAUUCCCGAGACCAGAUGUAACGAAGCUACUAGCCGAUCCCUGUGAUUCCUCUAACCGAAUUCUACCUCCAAAUUUUGAAAACGAAGUCAUGACCCACUGUAUUGUCGACACAUCUAAUCCAGCGACAGCCUAUAUUGAAGAUCCUUUGAAGGACGGAGUAACUCAAGAUAAUCUUGUGCAGAUAUUGUCGUACUCAUUACCCAGAAUAAUUCCUAAUGUGAUACUAAAUAAACGUGAAGAGAUGAUCCCGUUGAUACUUAGUACUGUACAAUUGCACUCUAGUCCGCGUGAGAGAGAAAAAUUGCUGCAGUUGUUGUUUAAUCUGAAAAAACGACCUCAAGAAGAAGAAAGACUCAUGAUCUUAGCUGGUCUGGUCGCUAUGAUGAAAUAUUCUACAGGCUCCAUAGAGAGCGGAGAAAUUUUGGCCCAGUGUUGGGAGCAGAGUCAGCACAAGAACCUUGAACGUAGAUUGUUAGUUGCAGAAUGCUGCUCGGUUUUAGCUCCGCAUAUAUCAAGUGCAACUAGAAAUUCUCUUAUGCUAUCCAUGCUCCAACAAAUGCUUCUCGAAGACAAGGAAUCUGUUGUCAGAGCUGCCGUUGUUAAAAGUCUGGCGUUACUAGUUGCGUUGAUGGAUGACCCAGAUAAGUAUUUUCAGUGCGAAGAACUGACCCUAACUGCUCUUGAUGACUCGUCAUCUUCAGUAGUGGAAACUGCGGCUAAAUUUUUAGUACCAGUAUUGGCACAGUGGGCGCUUUCCUUGAAAAGACUACAGUCUCACUUACUUCCUAGGAUUUUAUCAAAAUUGCGGAAUCAACUAAAGCCAUCUCACCAUCAAAACCUACAAAGCAAAGAGAAUUCUGAUAGAGACAGAGUUGUGGCAUCUAUCGAUGUCUUACAGUGUCUGUUACCGCAUACCAUCGUCUGUGUAGCUGACAACGAAAACGUCAAGGCACUAAUCCAGGAACAAAAACCUUCAGAGUUACCGUCAGAGUUCACUGAACUCUGCCGUUUUCCGAUGAUAGAUCCAAAAGUAUUUUACCAAGGAGAUAUUGAGAUCUCAACGGUGCUGUACACUUUCUUUGCCAAUACAUGGAAAAACGAUUCUUGGCCAGAAUUAGAUUGGCUAACCGACAAACUAUUACCGGAAAUUAUAGACAUGGUGAAAUACUUAAACGUAACCCAGGAAUCUAUUCUGAACUCGUUCAUCACUUACAUACAUUCCAUGUGUUGUGGUUUUGGCAGACAUGUCACUAUAUUGAAGAUUCAGCCAAUCUUUGCUAUCGAAUUAUCUGAACUCGAAGAGCAGUUAAUCAAGUUAUCUCCCGAUCAAGGAACUUUAAAUUUGACGUUGAUCCCAGUAUACCUAACUUUGCUCUCUACAUUAGAUCCUAUCGAAGUAACAAAGUCUUUGAAUCAGUUCAUCGUGGCCUUUGCUAUAAGCGGUAUCAACAGUCAGAUCCUACAAAUGACGGUUAUCAGGCUGUGCAACCAAAAUCAUAUGCAAAAACACGUUCUCAAUGCUCUCUGGGAGGGGGUUGUUCAUCAAAGAUCGACAGUUAGAUGCGCAACUGCAGCUUUAUUCAGCGCUUUAAUAUCCCUCAUUUCUGAUCAUCUUGCCAACACUAAAGUAGCACCAGCCUUAGUAACACUUGCCAGUGACUCGAACAUAACUGUUAAAGCCGCAGCAAUCCCUGCCCUUGCGCGCCUCGUUACUGAGUGUGGUGCCAAAGAAGCAAGAGACAAAGCUAGAUUGACACUUGAAACAAUUGCCAGAGAACCGCAGGGCGUUCCUUCAUCAUUAGCUGUCCCCUUGGUCACAGCACUCUCAAGUAUUGCGCCGAAUUGCCCUAGACAUUACGUAGAGGAUGUAAUAGCCACGCAGCUGGCUGGUAUAGCAGCUUCAGCUCUUCAACAGGGUAGAAAAAUAGAUCUUGUCAAUUCCCUCGUCGAAGCAUAUUCUGUCUUAGUUUAUUGUCCGCUAAGCAGUCAGUGCAUCACUGGCGUUCUUUUGCCUGGACUCAGAUACCUCGAAGCUUUAGUUAAUCAGACAUUGCCUCAGCAUAAAGAUUUAGUACAUUCGUUGCUGAAGGAAGCUGAGUCUAGACAAGAACCUCCGAAGUCCUUGGAACGGUCAACUUCAACGAGUUCGGGCCUUUCUCUAUCCAUGGCUAAUGUAAACGUAAACGUUGGUCAAGGAGUUGAAGACAUGCGACAACGAAUGAGCAAAAUCUUUCACCAGAAAACAAACGCGCCUAGCAUGGCUAAUAUAUUCCGUAAAAAGUGAGUCUUAUUUAGUUAAUUGAAUAUGAAUUUUAUGCUACCAUUCAUCUGGUAGCAUAGAAAUAUAGAUCUGGACAUUGCACGUUACUAGUAUUCUUUUCUUUGCUAAUAAAAAUCGAAGAAUGAAAUAUGUAUAUUCUUUAUGGUUCGAGGUUUAUUCUAUUUUAUCUUUUAAAUAUUAUCAUUCAAUUUCUAUUUUGACAAGGGAAUGGGAGAAUUGUACAUAAUAUAUUAUUAACAUUGAACUGAAAAAUGAUUGGGUAUAUAUUGUAACGUAUGCACUGUCGUGCCUUCCUAAAACUGUAAUUCUUAACCGAAGUUGUAUAUAUAAAAAUUAAAGUUGAAAGAAUAAAAAAAUUAAUCAUCUAAAUAUCUAUGAAAAAUGAUGAUACCAAGUAUGAUACAUUGAGAAAAAAAAUUAUUAUAAUAAUAAGACUAAUAAUUGUAAUAAUCAUUGCGGAGAUAGGAAGAUCUUUUAAUUGAUAUAAUAAAAUGUGAUGCGAAAGUAAGAAACGAUGCGUGAAUUAUAACUGGUUGUGAUUACUGUAAAAUCUAAAUUUCACCAUUGAGCUCAGUAUUGUGAUCAAUUUCAAGGCAAUUCAGAACUUAAGAGCUGCCUAAUAUUCUCAAUUGAAUAUCAUUUAAUUCAUUUAUAUAACUCAUGAAAUUAAAUAGUCACAAGCAUGGUAGUGAAAUAACGAAAUAAAGUUGGGCGAGCGAUCCAUAAUAUCAUGUAUGUACCUACAAUAUUAGUUUUAUAAAGUAUAUGAAAAUAAAGUCGCGUGAUGUGACUAUAAGAUGUAUAAGUAUUAAA